AUGAAGACCACAUUCUACAUAAGUUUGCUACUGGCUGGGCUUCAUGCUGUUGCCCGUGGUCAGCUCCCACCCAGCCACCACAAUGGACAUGAUCCAAAUGAACCUAAACACCACAUGCAUCAUGGAGGUGAAGCGAUCGCUUGCCUCAAACUAGUGCCAAACAAUGCUGACUUUGCAUUUCAAUUUUUUAAAGAGGUUACACUGGAGGCACCUAAUAAGAACAUUUUCUUCUCUCCUGUAAGCAUCUCCACUGCAUUUGCGAUGCUGGCCCUAGGGGCUAGAUCAACCACUCAGACUCAGAUCCUGGAAGGACUCACCUUCAACCUUACAGAGAUUCAGGAGAAAGAGAUACAUGAAGGCUUCCACAACCUUAUCCACAUGCUGAGCCAUCCCGAGAGCGGGGUCCAGCUCAACAUGGGGAAUGCCAUCUUUCUAACAGAGAAACUGAAGCCUCUAAAAAAGUUUUUAGAUGAUGCCAAAGCUCUGUAUCAGCUGGAGGCUUUUACCACUGACUUUAACAAACCCACGGAGGCUGAGAAGCAGAUCAAUGAUUAUAUAGAGAGGAAAACACAUGGCAAAAUUACUAAUUUGGUCAAGGACAUGGAUCCACAGACUGUAAUGCUUCUGACUAGCUUUGUUUUCUUUAAAGGCAGCUGGGAAAAGCCUUUUAAACCAGAGCAUACCGAAGAAAGGGAGUUCUUUGUGGAUGCUGAAACUACUGUGAAAAUCCCUAUGAUGCACCAGACAGGCAGAUUCGACUUCUAUUUUGACGAGGAUCUGUCAUGCACCGUGGUACGACUUCAUUACAAUGGGAGUGCUACUGCAUUUCUGGUUCUGCCAGCAGAAGGGAAAAUGAAGCAGUUAGAGCAAACUCUGGUCAAGGAAACCAUUCGGGAAUGGUCAGACCAUCUCUUCCAGAGCCUGGUGAGCCUCUACUUCCCCAAAUUUUCUAUUUCCGGGAGCUAUGAAAUAACGAACACCCUUAGUAAGAUGGGAAUUGUGGACGUGUUUACCGACCAGGCAGAUCUCUCUGGCAUCACCGGCGCCCCAGAGCUGAAGGUUUCUAAAGUUGUUCAUAAGGCUGCUCUGGUUGUUGAUGAGAGAGGUACUGAGGCAGCAGCAGCAACUGCUGCUGAAAUAAUGCCAGUGUCUCUUCCUCCAACCAUUGAAUUCAACCGUCCCUUCCUCACGCUGAUUUUUGACAGAGAUACAAACAGUACGCUCUUCAUAGGAAAAAUAGUUAACCCAACUAUUACUAGCUGA